UUUUCAAUUUCUCAUGCAAUCAUCAAAAGCUAUAGAACCCAUUUUGUUCAAAACCCAUUUAUCCACUAUGCUCAAAAUCCUCCACAAAAGAAUCAAAGGCCUUUUCCCUCGUCUCCGAUGGCCGGUUCGUUGCCGUUCAAAUUCCAAAAUCGUCAUUAAAGUCUACACCAAACCUCACGAUGAUACCGUGAAUGGAGGUUCGCAAAUUCACCAAAAUGGCGAAUCGGGUGUUUUAAACUCGGCGUCGGCGAGGCCAAUUCGUAUAGCGACUUUCAAUGCCGCCAUGUUUUCAAUGGCACCUGCAAUGCCAAAACCAGAUAAAUCUUCGAGUUUUGACUACGAUAAUGAAGGUUUUACAAAGUCUACAAACGAUCACCGGCCAAAGGGUAUACUAAAACAAUCCCCCUUACACCCAAAUUCCAUGAACGAAAACGAUAGUCUCACGAAACAACAAAAAUUCGUGAAAUCUAAGUUGAGGGUGUCGAUUAAUUUACCAGAUAAUGAGAUUUCGUUGCUGAGAAACCGGCAAUUGAGCUUCUCGGAAAAUGAAAAGGAGGGUGGUGGUCGCCGUCGUUGUAAAGCUCCGGUGAGUUUUUCGACGGAUUUGGGGAACUGGUUCGAUGAUUGGGAAGGUUAUAGAAGUAGGAAAACGGUGUUGGAAGUGUUGAGAGAAUUGGACGCAGAUAUAUUGGGUUUGCAAGAUGUGAAAGCGGAGGAAGAGAAAGGGAUGAGACCUUUGUCGGAUUUAGCAGCUGCGUUGGGGAUGAACUACGUGUUUGCCGAGAGUUGGGCGCCGGAGUACGGCAACGCCGUGCUUUCGAAGUGGCCGAUUAAGCGGUGGAAAGUGCAGAAGAUAUUUGAUGACGCAGAUUUCAGGAAUGUCCUAAAAGCAACCAUUGAUGUGCCCCAAACAGGUGAAAUCGACUUCCACUGCACUCAGCUCGAUCAUCUCGAUGAGAACUGGCGCAUGAAACAGAUAAACGCAAUAAUUCAAUCCGACGAUGGUCCACACAUUUUAGCUGGAGGCCUCAAUUCCUUGGAGGAAACAGAUUACUCCACAGAGAGAUGGACUGAUAUUGUUAAGUACUAUGAAGAAAUUGGUAAACCAACACCAAAGGUUGAAGUAAUGAAAUACCUAAAGAAUAAACAGUACACUGAUGCCAAGGAUUUCGCAGGGGAAUGUGAGCCCGUCGUCGUGAUUGCCAAAGGACAAAGUGUGCAAGGGACAUGCAAGUACGGUACUCGGGUUGAUUACAUACUAGCAUCUCCGAAUUCGCCGUACAAAUUCGUUCCGGGUUCGUAUUCGGUAUUGUCUUCAAAAGGGACUUCAGAUCAUCACAUAGUGAAAGUCGACGUAGUAAAAACAGAUGAAAAUGUCAAAGAAAAUGGCAGCAGGAAGCGACGGCAACAACCGAAACAGAGAGUCGUGAAGAUUACAGCAGACAGUUCUCCAUCAAAAAGCAUAUGGAAAACACAUACAUGACGGGAAAUUUAUAAUUUGCUUUAAAUAAUUUUGAAAUAGAAACGAUAGGGUUAUAUUGGUAAAAUUAUCAUGUAGGUUUUUAUACUAGGAGUCAGAUUGCAUUUUGCUCAUUCUAUUUAAAAAAUAGGUAAAUUAAUCCCUGUACAUUAUAUUAAAGAGCAAUUUGGUCUUUUGUUUUAAAAUAUCAUCAAUUUAUAUUAUUAAAAAUUAGUCUGGUUGACAAAAAAAUUAGACUGUUGCACGUGGCAUGUCAUUUGUACUUCAUGCUAACGUACAAAGAUCAAUUUUUAACAGCAAAAAUUGAUGAAAAUUUUAAUUGAAAUGAUCAAUUUGCUCUUUGAUCUAAUGUAUAGUGACUAAUUUGUCUAUUUUUUGAGUAAAUGUGACAAAAUGCAAUCUGACUAUCAAUACAGAGGUUCCCAUGAUAUUUUUACCGGGUUAUAUUUGAUUUGGGAUUUAUAUGCGUAAUGUACAUAGUUCCUGAAAGGAAAACAAUUUAAAAUUUAAUAAUAUAUAUUUUUUGUCA